AUGUGCACCCAGACGUACGACCUCGACAUUCACUUACAACAGUCGUGGCACGACCCGAGACUGAACCUGCGGCGCUUUGGCGUCAACCGGACGGUGGCGCUGAACGGUGCCGAGAUCGCGGACAAGAUCUGGAAGCCCGAUGUGUACUUCAUGAACGCUAAACGGGCUAGAAAGCACAGCGUCACCAUGCCCAACGAACUAGUGGACAUCACGCCAAGCGGGGACGUCUACUACACGAUGAGGCUCACGCUGGAGUUAGCCUGCCCGAUGGGAUUUAGGCGUUACCCACUCGACAUACAGAGAUGCCCCAUGACGAUAAGUACUUAUUCUGAAACUACGCAGAAAGCCAUUCUGCAGUGGGAAGACGUUGAUCCAGUAUUCUUUGAGGGCGAAGUGCAAAUUCCUCAGUUCGACCUGCUGGACAUGGUCUACGAGAACUUCACAAUGUCCUUUGAAACAGGCACCUUCAGCGUACUGCGAGCCAACUUCACCAUAUCGCGUGAGCGCGGCUUCUACCUGAUAAACAUGUACUUCCCCACACUACUUAGUGUCGUCAUUUCCUGGUUCGCCUUCUACCUGCACCUCAACAUGGCGCCCGGAAGAAUCAUCCUGGAUCUUGGCAUGCUGCUCAACCUGCUUUCCGUGAACAGGGGCGUGCGCUCGGAGCUGCCCCCAGUGUCGUACAUGAAAGCCCUGGACGUGUGGAUGGGAGGCUGCAUAUGCGCAGUGUUCGGAUCACUGCUCAUCUUCUCCGUGGUCAACUAUAUGGGGCGCGUCAAGCAGCGGCCCAAGCUGUACCGAAUGGUCGACGACGCUACGUUUGUCUUCGUGACGAGAAAGAAAGAGUUGGCCGAGGAUCCCGAGAGCUACGACAGCAAGGAAUACGACGAGUUGCACCGGAACCUCAAAAGAGCGCAGAGCAUCGACCGAUUCGCACGAGCCGCCUUCCCGUUAGUCUUCCUCGUCUUCAACACUGCCUACUGGUCCCUGUAUUCCAGCCAGGCGUACAUCAGCGUCUACGGCGAACUGGAGCUUGCCUAA